GUCCACGUCUAAGCAACAAUUGAAUUCCACUACUACGUACCUUCCCCACUUGCAAUUGCCCGGUGCCCCGGUAGGCCACAUCCAUAGCUGCCUUGAUUCCUUUUAUAUUUAUAAAUUAAUCUUUUCUAACUAUUCUGAUGCGCAUAAUAACCACUUUACACUACUUUUCUUAGAUCAAAUCAGUUUCGGAUCAGAUCGAUCGGGUGUUCUUCAUCGAUUUCCAGCAUGAGUCAGAAUCCUCAUCAAGCAGCACCUGGAACGGCGGCGUUUCCGUACUCACAGCAGCCGCAGCCGCAGCCGCAAGGUGGAUUUUCUGCGCCGCCGCCGCUUCCGCCGCCGGGAUAUCCCGUCAGAGAUGGCCAAGGCCGCAGCGAGCCUUCUGUUCCCGCGCAAACUCAGUCCAGGGGUGACGGCUUCUGGAAGGGCUGUUGUGCGGGACUGUGUUGUUGCUGUGCAUUGGAAGCUUGCUUUUGAAGGGUGAAUGAAGACAGAUGGACAGUGAUACAGGAAACCACCACUUCUAUACAUGUUUAAGUGUGCGUGGUCCCUUCGAUUUACUUUGUAUCCAUGAUUGACAAUAAGGUUCUUAUAAUAGAACAAUAUAUAUAUUUUUUUAAUGUUAUGUGAAUGUUUAGAUUGGGUGAUUGUUGAAUUUGAACAUUAUGAAUAUUUUGAUUUUUGAUGGUUUUUAUUUGUAU